AUGGUCAAGAACGGCACCAAAUCUGGCCGAGCGUGCUUCCGCUGUGCCAAGGGUCGUGAGUACAAACCUCAGGCCAAUCCCGAAACCCACGAAUCCAAGCGCCGCAAGACCAGCACGCAGUUUACUGGCUGCAAGUUCCAGCUCGCCGCCCGGCCUCUCCCUGACGGUAGAUGGGCUGUGAAGCUUCCUGACGGCCCAGCAGCGUUGCACAACCACGGCUGGAGCGACCCCACUGCCUUUGCUGGCGCCAGAGCUGAUGCCCUCGCUCCCUUCGAACAGGAGGUCAUCAAGCUCUCGAACAGCGGCUCCCGACCUGCACAGAUACUGGCUGCCAUCCAAGCCGAACAACGGGGUAUUCACGGCCAGGAUAUCAUCAACCUACUUCAACGCCACCGUCGCGCCGAGCUUCGGGGCCGUUCUCCGCUGCAGUGUCUGUACGAGGACUACCUUAAGCCCGAGGCCAGCAAAUUUGUAUGGGAGGAUACGCGUGACAGUCUUGGCCACGUCAUAUCCCUGACAAUCGCUCCUAAGAGCGGUCUCCAGCUGCUUAAGCAGAACCCUGACCUCCUGCUUUUGGAUUCAACCUACAAGACCAACCACCAUAAUAGGCCCCUUUUCAACGCCUGCGGGGUUACCUCUGGCAACAAGACCUUUAACUGGGCUGUCACAUUCAUGAGCGGCGAGAAGGAGGGCGAUUAUAGCUGCGCUUUGGCGGCCCUGAUCCGAAUCCUUCAGAACGAGGGCAUCAAAGUGCCUGGUCUAAUUGUAACAGAUCGCGAGCUCGCCCUGCUUAACGCCCUAAACAACAGCGCUUGGGUGUCGAUUCCGCAUUUGCUAUGCCGAUGGCAUGUUAACAUGAAUGUGCUUGCCAAGGCACGCCGCCACUUUCCAGCAGCUACAAAGCACGGUAGCGAAUAUCGCCGCCAUCCGACCUUUAAGGCAUUCCUGAAAGAAUGGAAUGCUCUCCUUGCUUCCGUUACAGAGGAUGACUUCAACAAGAACCUGGCCAAGUUCAGAACACCGGGCCGGCAUCCAGAUGCAGCUGUAGAUUACGCUGUAGCAACAUGGAUCGAGCCUUGGAAGGCCACUCACGGGCUCCCUUGUCGGCAUAUUCUAUACCGACAUCUGACUGGCGACGAGCCAGUGACCAUACAGCAGAUUCACAAGCAUUGGUGGUUGUGGCGGCCGCAGGAACAACAGCAUGUUGGCGAUGAUGACAGUAGAAAUCCCAAUGUUGAAGUGGUUGGGAUUAUGCCGAUGCCAGACAUCCCGUUGGAUCCUCGUCAGGUGAAGGGCAAGGGCCGCCCUGUUGGGGCAAUUGCCACUACCUCUGCUGCUUCCAGGAAGAAGGGCGCUGGCGUCAACAGCACCAAGCGGCUGCCGUCAGCAUUCGAAUACAACAUCGAAGACGAACUAACCACGGCAGUACCGGCGCCGAAGCAGCAGCAGCAGCAGCAUGUGACGAACCUACUUCAGGACCCUGUCCUGUUAGGGUUCAGCUUCGGUCGAAGGUAA